GCCGUAGAGCUGCUUCCUGCCGCCUCUGGGAGGUAACGGGGCGCCGAGGGGCGGGGGACGGGACGGGGCGGGGGCGGGGGCGGAGGUUGCACCUUCCGGGCUCGCUCAGUCUUUGGUCCAGCACUCAUUCAGGUACUUAACACCCUGCAUACCCGGACCUCGGCUUUCAAAGCAUCCCGGGUGGGAAGAGUUGUUUAUAUAAACAGAGAUUCCGCUGUAAGCGCGCUAAUAUCCCGGCAGCCAGCGCAUGGCGUGCGCCUCUGGCUCCCACCCGUAGCCGCGGCGUCCCCGGCCGCCCCUCAGUUCCCAGCCUGCCCCGCCCCCGCCUCCAUCCCCUCCUUGGCCAUGGCCACCUCUGGACGCCUCAGCUUCACCGUGCGCAGCCUCCUGGAUUUACCCGAGCAGGACGCACAACACCUGAGAAGGCGGGAGCCGGAGCUACGCGCUCCCGGGCCCGGCCCCUGCGCCACCUGGUUGGAAUCCGAGCGCAGCCACUACCCCCUCUCGGACGAGAGCAGCCCUGAGACCAGCCCGCCCGACUCGUCGCAGCAGCCGUCUACUGGGCCGGUGUCUCCCGGCUCAGACGCUGAAAAGAGGAAGAAGCGUCGGGUGCUGUUCUCCAAGGCGCAAACGCUGGAGUUGGAGCGACGCUUUCGGCAGCAGCGCUACCUGUCUGCGCCCGAGCGCGAGCAGCUGGCGCGCCUGCUUCGCCUCACGCCCACACAGGUCAAAAUCUGGUUCCAGAAUCAUCGCUACAAGCUGAAGCGCGCGCGCGCCCCUGGAGCGCCAGGGGCGGCGGAGUCGCCGGACCUGGCAGCCGCCGCCGAGCUGCGCGCCGCACCGGGCCUGCUGCGCCGCGUGGUGGUCCCUGUGCUGGUGCGCGACGGGCAGCCUUGCGGCACCGGCGAUCUGAGCACGGCCUCCGCCCAGGACAAGAGCGGCGCCUCCCCAACCGCCUGCCCUUCGCCAGGCUACGCCGCCUUCGGGCCUUGCUCGGCUCUCGGCCUCUUCCCGGCCUAUCAGCACUUAGUGCCCCCAGCCCUGGUCUCCUGGAACUGGUGAGGCCAUUGCGGGGCGCGGGCACCUGGGGCUAUCCCGGACUUUGGAGUGGCUCUGCGGCCGAAGCACGGCUGGAAGCGGAGAUCCGGACAGUUUUCCCGGCCCCACCUCUCUGCGGGCCCCACCUCCUUCGGCGCUGGGGUCCCUAACCCCGCCCUCCCCAGCCGCUGAGCAGGGAAUUUCAGCCAGCAUUCCCCUCUUUCCUCUUUCUUCGACGCCAACCCCAGAGCUAGAUUUUAUUGCUUAAAACCUUAUUUGUAUAUUUUAAAAUAGCUAUUUGUAUGGGAAACAACGUAUUUUUAAAGAAAUAGAAUAU